UUACUCAUUUUACCAUCUUUUUUACUUGAAUUGUGAUUUCUUCAUGAAAAAAAGUGAAAGGAAGCAAAUCCAUAGUUUUGAUUAAUUAGUUGUAAAGGUAGUUACUAAGGUGCUACAGUGCGCCCUUGAUCGGAUAAGGAGAUGCAAUUCAAGCUGCUAGUGCUGUUUUUGUUAAUUACUAUAUCGGCAAAGUCAUCUGCGAGUUGCAAUGAAGAAUGCAAAGAUACAGAAUACGGAUCCUACAUUAACUGUCUGCGGAGACGUAUUAAAAGAUCAGCGGACUGCGGCAACUCUGUUGAAAAACCUUGUGCCAAUUGUGAAUGUGGCUUUUGCGUUGUUAACUCCUGUCCUGGACACUGUGGAAAAUGUUGUGAAGCUCAACCUCCUUGCGCUUCGAAGCAGUGUUGCCACAGGACAUGUCAUUCGCGAUGCAAGUCCUCGUCCUGUCGAAUUGAUUGCAGGAAGAAUUGUGUAGAUAUGUUAAUUGCAGAUGGGUUGAACGUGACAAUACCAGAUAAACCUAGGCAUAACAUUACAACAGUUAUUCACCUUCAUAACACCGUUAAUACCACAAACGUUGUAGAUCUACCGGAGGUGCAAGUUAACACGACUAACGUUAACAACAUUACUUCUUACGAAGAGGAGACGAAGCAUAAGGAAAUUAAGGAAAAGUGCUGCCACAUUAUAAGCCCUCGUCAUUGUACAAAGCUAGAUCAGUACCCUUACGCAAAAUGUGUACACUAUCGUAAAAAGGCCUGCGGUUCAUUUUGUGUAGCACCAAUUUUGCACGAACAAUCCCGUGAAAUCUGCUUCGAAAAUGACGCUGGAGAAACUUGCCGCCAACAAAAAGUUUACAUACCCCAACCACAACCGACGUGCAGUUACCAACCUAUUUGGCCUUACGUGUUUUGUGGAAACGUCCAGCAACAAUUUUGCGUCGGCUGUUACCAACAGAGUAACUACCAAUUUCCACCACCAGGUUGUCCUUACAGCUGCUACGAUGAUGGAUAUGGACAAGGUCCUUACUACCGUCAAGGCCCAUUUUACCGCCCCGGUUUUUCGCAUAUACCAUCCUGCUUCCAAACGGGAACAUGUCCGACCAAUUGGAAUUACGGUCAAAAUUAUCCCCGGUACGGGUACCCAGCGAUGCAUUACCCACCGACAUCGUACCCGUAUCGAGUACAUAUGCAUGACAUAGACGUCCAAUACCCACCUCCAUCAUACAGUUACCCUGUACCAAUAUUUCCCCCACAUAUUUCCACGGGAUACCAAUACCCACCUCCCCGGCCUAUUUACAUAUUGCCACCUGAAGUAGACAUUCAAGCCGUCAUUACACAUCCCCCAAAAAAUACCACCUACGCCGAAAUAACCAUUAGUAAAUCACAGAGAGAGGAGCAGCAAAAUGACGCGAUCUCUGCCCUUGUAGAAUAAUUAGCAUAAUUUAUUUCAAUUCAAUGUUCAGAAGUUGUAGCACAAUUUUUAGGCUACAUACUUCGAAGGUGUAAUCAGAUAAACAUAUCUGGUUAACCUCACCAUAAAGCUGUCUAAAGGGUUACGAUAGUACUAUCUACUAUGACUAAUGUGUUUGAAUACUAUGAUAUCGUAGCCUUUUUGAGUCAUCUCUCUUAAAAAGUAUCCUCUUUCUGUAAUUUUUAUCACAAGAUAAAUAAAAGAAAUGAAAUAGGCGAUUGCUAAUUUGUUUUUGUGAUUUAUGUUUGCAAAAUCCAACAGAUAUUAAAGCUACUCUUCCCUUUUUAACUGCGCACCAGGUGCUUCUAAUUGGAGGUUCCAAGGCUUCAGGGUAUUUUUAUUUUUUGACUCAAAAUUACAAAAGAAGAGUAAGUCGUGAAAAUGCUUGCUCUGUAUGGCCUCCACGUUCACCCGAUCUGAGCCCGAGCAAUGUGUCAAGGAAUGAGGAAUUUUUGAUUAAAAAUUUUGUUUUAUAGCAGACAUUCCAUGGCAUGACGGAUAUUGGU